AUGGAAUUUGAAAGAUGUAUACUUUCUGAGGGAGCUGACGUGAUAGAAAUCCAGGGGUUCGUUGACGCAUCAGAAGCCGCUUAUGGUGCAGUUAUGUACUGUAAGUGUAUUAGAGAUGCUCACGUAUCAAUUAAAUUGAUUGCCAGUAAGUCGAGAGUGUCUCCAUUAAAAAGAAUUAUCAUUCCAAAAUUGGAGCUUUGCGCUUCAGUGCUUUCAACCAAGUUAGUGAAAAGGGUGAUACAUGCUCUCAAAUUACCAAUAUUCCACAAAUAUCUAUGGAGCGACAGCAUGAUCGUUCUUUCAUGGAUUCGCAAAGAACAAUUUCUUUUUAAGACAUUUGUUGCCAAUCGUGUAACCCAAACUCAAGACCUCACUUGCAUUGAUGAUUGGAGAUAUAUCCCUUCAAAUGAGAAUCCUGCUGACCUCAUCUCAAGAGGACUCUAUCCCUAUAAACUUCUUAAGUGA